AUGCCUGAUUUCAAGGGAUUGGAUUUAUCUGGCAAGACUGCCAUUGUUACCGGCGCAUCACGUGGAAUCGGUGCUGCUAUUGCAAAUCAGCUGGCUAAGCGAGGAGCAAACGUCGUCGUCAACUACAUGACGGCACGCAGUCGCCAGCGCUCCGAUGAUCUUGUCAAUACUAUCAACGGCUAUGGCGUCAAGGCUGUCGCCGUCCAGGCAGACAUCAGCAAAGUCUCCGAGAUACCCAAGCUCGUCCGGGCCGCCCUUGACCUGAGCACGACCGGCAAAAUCGAAAUCCUUGUCCAUAACGCCGCGCUCGGCCACGACGCCAACCUCGACGAGGUCACCGAGGAGCUCUACCAGACGCACUUUGACACCAACGUCAAGGGGCCCAUAUUCCUGACCAAGGCCGUCGUGCCGCACAUCGCGAGGGGCGGCCGGAUCGUCCUGGUCUCGUCGGCAGCCGCCCGCCUCGGCGUCGCCGGGCAGACCGUGUACGCCGCCACCAAGGCCGCCGAGGAGUCGCUGGCGCGCGUGUGGGCGAAGGAGCUGGGGCAGUCGCACGGCAUCACUGUCAACUGCGUUAACCCCGGGCCUGUCGCCACUGACCAGUGGAACGAAAGCGACGAGCAGUUCCGGAAUGACAUGCAGCCCCUCAUCGAGUCGACGCCCGCAGCGGCAAGAAUCGCAGAGGUCGACGACAUCGCCCCCCUCGUAGCUUUCCUGUGUACCGAUGAUGCGCGGUGGACUACGGGGUCGGUUCUUUCGGCAAACGGUGGACUGUACAACUAA